AUGAGUUGCGUCACCCUUGACGCCAAGACAGAAGCAGCGAAACUCGUGCAAGAUUACUUCAAGUCGCAACUGAGCCGAGCGGCAUCGGCGAAGCCGCUGCUCGACCUGAUGCUGAGUUCAUCUGAAAACCGGCCAAUUCUGUUUAUCCUGCAUGAACGCAUGAUCAACUUGCCGCCCCAGGUCAUGCCGCCCCUAUUGCGUAUGCUUCUCGCUGAAGUAGAAGAAACGCUGGCCGAGACGUCGGCGCCUGCACCGACCCAUGCGCUAUUUUUCUCACGCGCAUUUUCGGCAGAUGCCCUGGACGAAGGCCGUGGCGACAGCAAUGAAGCCGAUGACACUGGGAAUGAUGAGGAGCCUUCAGGCUUGGCUGGUGCCCGGAAACGCAAGGCCAGUGGGAAGCAUGCACAUCCUGUUGAUGCAGCGAAUGCUGCGCUUGGCAGGCAAGUUCAUAACAAGAAACGCCCUGGCGUGACGAAUGAACAUGAUGACGGACUCGGAUCGUUCCACCCUGAGGACGAGUUUAUUCGUGAGGCUGCGACCCAUUCAUACACGUUCCGCUUUCCUGCACCGCGCGAUGCGUCAGAAACGUUUGAACCGCCGUUAUAUGGUCGAAUUCUUGCUGUGCCAUACACCAAAAUGCCUGCCGUGCUUGAGCGCCUGCUCGAGAUCUGGCCAGCCCCCGCCUAG